AUGUCUGGGAAGAGCACGAGUGCACGCACAGGUGCGAGCGGUGCUCAAUUGCAGAGCGAGUGGGCCGCAGCGGUCGCUUGGAUGCAGACGGUGCUGAAAGUCGCCGUCUUUGGGUCAAUUGUCGUCGCAGCAGUGUCCUCGAGACUGUUUGCAGUGGUGAACUUCGAGUCCAUCAUCCACGAGUUUGACCCCUGGUUCAACUACAGAGCCACCAAAUACUUGGUCGAGAACUCGUUCUACGAUUUCCUCAACUGGUUCGAUGAUAGAACUUGGUACCCUCUAGGGAGAGUCACUGGGGGCACUCUGUACCCUGGUCUGAUGACUACCUCCGCGGCAGUGUGGCAUCUGUUGAGACGCGUCGGUCUGCCCGUGGAUAUCAGGAACAUAUGUGUCAUGUUUGCGCCAGCGUUCGCUGGUGUCACCGCUUACUGUACUUACAAAUUGACUUGCGAUAUUAAGGAUUCUCGUGCUGGGUUACUAGCGGCAGCGUUCAUUGCUAUUGUCCCAGGGUAUAUCUCCAGGUCUGUUGCUGGGUCUUACGAUAACGAGGCCAUUGCAAUCACUUUGCUAAUGCUCACUUUCAUGUUUUGGAUUAAAGCAGUUAAAAGAGGGUCCAUCCUGUUUGGGACUUGUGCUGGGUUAUGUUACUUCUACAUGGUGUCCGCAUGGGGCGGGUACGUGUUCAUCACGAACUUGAUCCCAUUCCACGUGUUCUGCCUGUUGCUCAUGGGACGGUACACUGCGAAACUGUACAUCGCUUACAACACCUGGUUCGUCAUCGGUACUAUCGCAUCAAUGCAGAUCCCAUUCGUUGGGUUCCUACCUAUCAAGUCCAAUGACCACAUGUCCGCCCUAGGGAUCUUCGGGUUGAUCCAAGUGUUCGCCCUCGGACAGUUCAUCAAGCAACAGGUUUCCUACAAGAAGUUCAAGAUCAUCACUGCGGUGUCCCUAGUCGUCAUGAUGGUCGUUGGUGUCUUGGGUCUCUUUGCGCUCACGUACAUGGGGCUCAUCGCACCUUGGACGGGAAGGUUCUACUCCCUAUGGGACACGAACUACGCAAGGAUCCACAUCCCAAUCAUCGCGUCCGUCUCGGAACAUCAACCGGUCGCAUGGCCCGCGUUCUUCUUCGACUCACAUUUCCUCAUCUGGUUGUUCCCAGCUGGUGUGUUCCUCUUGUUCAUGGACUUGAAGGACGAACACGUGUUCAUCAUUGCUUACUCCGUGCUGUGUUCUUACUUCACGGGUGUCAUGGUCCGUCUGAUGUUGACGCUGACUCCGGUGAUUUGUAUCACCGCCGCGGUGGCACUAUCCAAGAUAUUCGAUAUAUACCUGGACUUCUCCCAGAUCUUGUUCCAAGAAGACAAUGAUGACGCCGAAGGGGGUAAGAAGAACAAGAAGUCCGAGGGCGCGAAGAUCUGGCCCCUGGUUUCGAAACUCGUUGUCUCAGGGUCCUUCAUCUUCUACCUGUACCUGUUCGUGUACCACUGCACCUGGGUCACGCAAACGGCGUACAGCUCCCCCUCCGUCGUGCUCCCAUCCUCGACACCAGAUGGCCGCACCUCGCUCAUCGACGACUACAGGGAGGCCUACUACUGGCUCCGCAUGAACACACCAGAGGACGCGAAAGUCGCCGCCUGGUGGGACUACGGGUACCAAAUCGGGGGUAUGGCGGACCGUACUACGCUCGUUGACAACAACACUUGGAACAACACGCACAUCGCAAUCGUUGGGAAGGCACUUUCGUCCCCCGAGGACCGCGCGUACGAGAUCCUCAAGGAACACGACGUCGAGUACGUCCUCGUCAUGUUCGGUGGACUCAUCGGGUUCGGAGGUGACGACCUCAACAAGUUCCUAUGGAUGAUCAGGAUCAGUGAAGGUAUUUGGCCAGAGGAGAUCCGCGAGAGAGAUUUCUUCACGGAUAGGGGCGAGUACCGUGUCGAUUCCGGUGCGACUCCCACAAUGAAGAACUCAAUCAUGUACAAGAUGUCGUACCAUGGGUUCCCAGAACUCUUCGGUGGUGAGGCGCAGGACCGUGUCAGAGGACAGCACAUUACACAAGGGGACGUGGGGGAAUUGCACUACUUUGAGGAGGCGUUCACUUCGACAAACUGGAUGGUCCGUAUCUACAAAAUUCGCGACUUGGACAACGAGGGCAGACCACUCUCGCAGGUAUCCGCUGCCACAAAAGCAAAAUCUAAGCGUAGAGCUGCCCAGAGGAGACCACAGAUCGAACUGCGUGUUUAA